AUGCAAAGGAUUAAAGCAAAGACUGUCAAGAACUUCUCCAUCCUCAAUGGAUACGAGGACGGCUGGCCUGUGACGGCCUAUCUGAAGACUCAGCUACUGAGAGGAGACCGUAUCACCACUACAGAAGGGAGGCUGGUGGAAGAGCACGACAACGAUAAGCAACCUGACAACGUCGCCAAUUGCCAUUUGGUCGGUGGUCUGGGUCAUCAGAAGAGCGUGCCAGUCGUGAAGGCUGGGCCACUGCCGGACCCGCCCUCUACCAAGUCUCCGUUACACCUACGCAAAAAGCAAUUUUCGUUGAAUGGUGCUCGUCACGAAGCAGUUCCGGUGGCUGGGAAGUCUGCUGCGGCCAGCGGAGAUCGAGUUCCCCAGCACUCACGCGAUGGCACCAACGCGGACCCGAGAAGCGCCACGGAGGAGGUGCUUGGUUGGCUGGUAGCCUUCAAUGUACCACCAGCGGACGCACAAUGGAUCGCGGAAAUGCUAGCUGGGUUCGGCGUCAACGACUCAACAUAUCUCCAAGGUUUCGCUCGCAUGGCAUCGCGAGAUGAGUGGUUGCGUGAGUUACGUGACAGUGGAGAGCUGACCGAGAUCCAGAUGCGUAUGAUUCGCGAUAUGUUAGAGUAUGUGGCAAGACAGUGA